AUGCUCAAGGUGAUUCACGCGGAGUUCUCUCACGAAAAGGAGUACAGAUGGGGAGCAUGCCUGGGUCUUCGAUGCUGGUUCGGCCUGCUCGUUGACGGGUCCAUGGUUCUCAUUGAUAUCAUUGUGGCGAACGGGGUUGUCCAGAUUAUAACCAGGAAGGACGAUAUGCAGAUAUUGUUGCAGGGGCGUCGUCGUAUGCACGUUUGUGCUGGUCUGCCAGGCAUGAAGUCGGGUACCAUCUAUGAGUGCAACGUGGAACCGGACGAAGAGGAUAAUCUCAGAGUUGUUAGGGCCAUUCCUCGUACCGAUGAAGUGAGGCCGAAUUCCCGAUCUGUCCUGUCAACCGUCUUGGCUCUUCUCAGAUCGACGGAUGAUGUGGAUUAUACUCUUAUUGAUCGGGUUUCAAGCUACUCAUUCCGGGUUCGCGAGUAUAUUUACCGUCGCAUGGAGAAUAUGGGCGUGAAGAGUGGUUUUACGGGACUUGAGCUCGUGGAUAAACGUUACGGAUCUAGAUUCCUGAAUCCAUGGUUGCUAUAUUCGAGAAGCUGGCGAGAGGAAGGGUUAAGCGUGCAUAUUACAGAGGAAGCGCCGAAUCCCUAUUCUCUAUUGACAAGAUUGUCGAGUUCCUUCGUAUCGGUGGCCACCCCGUCGUGUACUCCUUCUCACUUUCUUAUCUGGUGGAAACGUUUAAUCGGCUGGCUGUUACCGGGCUCAAACAGGUUGGAUGUUGCUACGUUUAUGACAGGAUCGGUGGAAGAUGGAGUCCUGAUAGAUCUCGGUGGAAUUUCUAUGAAGAUGCAUCCCGAUAAGCCCGGUUACGCUGUAGCGAAGUAUGGUAGCAAGGUUGAGUACGUGGAGCCGGCUGUUAGGACUAGGGAUUUCCGUGCCACGAAGAUGAGCUAUGCUACCGAUGUGAUCUACGGCGACUGCGAAAUAGAGGAGGAAGAAGAUGGAGGGGCGGCAGGAACAGAGGCAGAUCUUGUGCUUCCAUGUCUUACGAAAACUGGUUUGGCUGAUGCCGUAGAGGAGCUCGCUGACACGUUAGACGAUACAGGGUUGCGUCUUGACCUCGAUAUAACCGCGCUGCCAGAAGAGCCAAGACGGUUGACAGGACAGAUCGGGAAUUCAGCCUCACUUCAUCGGUACGAGGAAUGGCCCUAA